AUGACACCAGGGGAGAGACACCUGCAGACCCUAGAGUGGCGGUCUGUGAAUGGGGAGUGGGAUGCGUACACUUGUGCGUUAAACCUUGCACCAUCGGAGGAAAAUGAGGUUGAAAUGAAGUUUCACGCUCUUCGGAAUGCCAAAGCAAAGCGCGUGAGCCGUCUUCUGUCCAGGGCAGACAUGCGGAACUUGAAAGAGCGGUUUGAAUUCCCCUCGGCGCCACCCGAGCACCAGUUGUUUGCCUAUCCGCCGGGCAGUGGACAGCGUAGCAUGAGCAAAAGCAUUGCCAACCAUCGGACCUGUCAAUACCCGGACCCGCAAGGGCCCGUCACCAAUCUUUUUGUCGGGGAUCGCUACAUUCCGGCAAGCGGUGCUGCUGCUUCCGAGCAGUGGAACUCUGGGAGGAGGUUGUGCUGA